UAGCGGGCGGGUUUUACUGGGGCUCACACCAAACCGAUCCACACCCAAGAGUUGCCUCAGUUUUACACCCACCUCUAUUUCUCACAGGGUUAACUUUACCUCAUGUCUUCCCUUAAUCCAAAUCUCAGUUUAGGACUUGAGCCAUUGAGUUUUGCAGUCCAGUCUGGGUCCAGGCCCUGCGGGUCUGAAGACAUGGAGUUCGUGUCUGGAUACCGAGACGAGUUCCUUGAUUUCGCUGCUCUUCUCUUUGGCUGGUUCCGCAAGUUCGUGGCAGAGAGGGGGACUAUGGGGACCAGCCUCGAGGGCCGAUGGCGUCAACUGGAGGCUCAGAUAAGGAGGCUGCCUCAGGACCCUGCCCUCUGGGUGCUCCACGUCUUACCAAACCGUAGUGUGGGCAUCAGCCUGGGGCAAGGUGCAGAGCAAGGCCCUGGGCCAGGCCUAGGGGCGUCCCGGCUGCUGGGAGAUGAGCCUCCGCUCCGCCUGAGAGACCUGAGCCCCUACGUAAGCUUUGUAAGCCUGGAGGAUGGAGAAGAAGGGGAUGGGGAGGAAGAUGAAGAGCGUGGAGCGGAGAGCUCAGGCCCAGAGAAGGCGGAACCGCAGGAAGGUGCAGAGCCAGCCCCUUCGAGCAAGGAACUCCCCCAAGAAAAGCCUCGCACCGAGCCAGAGGUGCCCCGGCAGGAGGCAAGCUGUGAUGAUGGCUGCAGAGAGGAGCGAGGAGAGGAGGACCGCCCACCUGAAAAGAGGAAAGGGCGGAAGAGCGAGGCUGCCCCCCUGCACCUCUCCUGCCUUUUGCUGGUGACAGAUGAGCACGGCACCAUCUUGGGCAUUGAUCUGCUAAUGGAUGGCGCGCAGGGGAGUGUGGGCCAGAGCCCAGGGCCUGAGAACCUGGCUCCUCGCGCCUAUGCUCUCCUUUGUCAUAGCAUGGCCUGCCCCAUGGGCUCUGGGGACCCCCGAAAGCCCCGGCAGCUUACUGUAGGAGACGCCCACCUGCAUCGAGAGCUGGAGAGCCUGGUCCCGAGGCUGGGAGUAAAGUUAGCGAAGACUCCAAUGCGAACGUGGGGUCCUCGGCCAGGCUUUACUUUUGCCUCCCUCCGGGCUAGAACUUGCCAUGUUUGUCACAAGCACAGCUUUGAAGUGAAAUUGACACCCUGCCCCCAAUGCAGUGCUGUCUUGUACUGUGGAGAGCCUUGCCUCCAGGCGGAUUGGCGCCGAUGCCCCGAUGAUGUGAGCCACCGAUUUUGGUGCCCGAGGCUUGCAGCCUUCAUGGAGCGAGCAGGAGAGCUGGCAAGUCUGCCUUUCACUUUUACGGCAGAGGUAACCAGCGAAACCUUUAACAAGGAAGCGUUUCUGGCCUCUCGGGGCCUCACUCGUGGCUAUUGGACCCAGCUGAGCAUGCUGGUUCCGGGGCCUGGUGCCCCCAGGAACCCCUGGGGCAGCACACCGUCCCUCAGUUGCCUUCUUAAUGGUGAUCCUUACCAGCUUCUUCAGGGGGACGGACCUGCCCUGAUGCCUCCUGUGCCCCUGGACCCACCCAGGAGCCUCUUUGGUUCAUGGCAGGACUACUACACGUGGCGGGGCCUCAGCCUGGACUCCCCUAUGGCUGUGCUUCUCACCUACCCACUGACUGUGUAUUACGUCAUCACCCACCUGGUGCCCCAGUCCUUCCCUGAGCUCAACAUCCAGAACAAGCAGUCACUGAAGAUCCACGUGGUGGAGGCUGGCAAGGAAUUUGACCUCGUCAUGGUGUUUUGGGAACUCUUGGUCCUUCUCCCCCAUGUGGCCCUGGAGCUACAGUUUGUGGGUGACAGCCUGCCACCCGAGAGUGACCAGCAGCAUUUUACCAUGCAGAGGGAUGGCCCUGAGGUGUCUCUGCGCCCUAGCUCUGGAGUGUCCGCUCGGCUGGGCUCUGGGACUAAAGAGAAGGGAGGGCGAAGGGACCUGCAAAUCAGGGUGUCCACCAGGCCCUAUCACCUGCUCCAGGGACCCAAGCCGGACCUGGUCAUUGGCUUUAACUCUGGCUUUGGUCUCAAGGACACGUGGCUGAGCUCUCUACCCAGACUGCAGUCUCUCCGAGUGCCAGCUUUCUUCACUGAGAGCAGUGAGUACGGCUGUGUGAUGGACGAUCAGACCAUGGCGGUGGCCACAGGAGGGGGCACCAGCUCCCCACAGCCCAACCCUUUCCGCUCCCCGUUCCGUCUCAGAGCAGCUGACAACUGUAUGCCAUGGUACUGCAACGCCUUCAUCUUCCAUUUGGUUUACAAGCCUCCCCAAGGCGGCGCGGUCCGCUCAGCGCCGGGCCCUGCACCAAGACCCCCAACUCCAGCUGCUGCUCCUGUCCCCACUCGAAGGCGCCGCGGAGAAAAGAAAGCUGCGCGCGGGCCCCGCCCCCGCCGCCGCCGAUGAUGCGUGCGGACUUGGCAGCCGUCCGCUCCCUUUCCAAGCAUGCUUCCAAAAGGAAAACACUCCAAGGCCCAGGGGGA